UCAUUUUAUAGCUGGCUGAAGGUGUCCUACAAAGCAAGUCUGGUGGUGAAGAAAUUCUGCAGGAGUAUGAAACUACAGAAACCUUAACUGAUGCCACAAGAAGACAAAUGGUGAACAUACUGGUGGCUGACAUGAUUGAUAAACAUGGGCACCUCCCCACUAAAGCAAUCAGAGAGAAGUAUGCCUUUGGAAUAGUGACGCUCUUCCCAUCCCUCAAGGAUCCAUACACCAAAAAAGGCUAUGAGCAUUUUUAUGAUGCAGCAAGCAGCACUGGAUACAUUUCAUGGCGUCUUAAAACGGUCCUAAGGAAGAUUCAAAGAGGAUCUCUUGUGCCACUAAGUAGCCCCAAUUACACUUCAUCUGGAGGCCCAAAUAUACAGAGAACUGUGAUUGCUGAAAAACAACUUGAUGGGAAUGCCUGUCAGGAGGCCAUAUCUCUGCUUAAUCACACCAAAGACAGGUCUGUGAUCUUUCAGAAGAUGAGAGAGACUUUUGAGUACCGUCACAAGCUUAUUAAAGAUGCCAGUGGAAGAAAUGAUAUUCUGACAACGUUCCAGAGGUUCCUGGACACAAAAGGAUUGAUUGAUCAAGACUUCAGUCUUCUGUUCAGUGAAGAAACCUCAUCCAGACUGCUGCAGAAGUGGGAUGUGAUCUUCAAACCAAAUGUCAUCAAGGAGGCUAAGCGUUUAACUUCUACACCUGAGUUGAGAAGUUUGGUGCAAUCAGCGGAAAGUCUUCAAAGCGAUGACCUCUCUAACACAUCUAGCUAUGACCAAGAAAUGGCGUCGCUGUUACUUCUCUUACAUCUCCUUCAACCGCAACCAGGAGGACAGAAGUCUCCAAAAAUCAGUGCAAGUGAUGCAGUUGAGAGACUUGUUGUCUUUCAUAAGUCAUGCUGCAGUUUAGAGGAGCAUCUCCAGGGUCAACGGGGUCUGCAGCCAUUCCUCCUUGAUGUUGGGCAUCAGAACAUUUCACUUAAAGAUGAAGAUGUGGUCAACAAAGAAAUGCUUCAAAUGAUUUCAUCAGGAGAUGUUUUUUCAACCAACUGGGUUAGAGUUGAGGAUGCUGAAUGCAGACAAGGACUUGCUGUUUGCAGCACAAUUCAAGAUGAGAUGCCAGUAUUUUGUCAGAUAAGUGAUGUACUUUUAGUUGACAAUACCUUUCUUUUGUUAUCUAAACAGCUAUUCACAGAAACAUUUGAUGAUCAUCAUCAUGCUUUCAGGAUUGUUCAAAGUGAAGAAAGGCAUUUAGUAAAAAUCCCUGAACUUAAAUUUCAUAAGACUUUUGAUAUUCAAAACUCUUAUGGCGUUUCUAAUGAAUGUUUGUUCAUUGUACCACAAUUUAAAAUGUUGGAAACACAGCUGCAAAAAUAAAGUGUUCAAAAUUGAUUUACUUGUGUCAAUUUGUUUCUUAAUAAUUAUUAUAAUUAAUCAUAAAGUAACUUUUUUUGGAAUAAUAACACUUGAAAGUGUUAAAUCAACACUAACAAAGUGGUACAUUUUUGUUCUUGGAUCAGUGUUAUCCAUUAUAUCCCACAGUGUUAAAUGAACCCUGUUUUGUGAGUUAAAUAAGUAACUCUGAUAAAGUGUUAAAAUUUUAACUAUUUUGAAAGUGUUAAUUUAACUCAGAAAGAGAGUGGACUAUAUAAACACUGAAAAAGUGUUAAAAUCAAAUCUGUGGGAGUUAAA